AUGUUUUGGACAGUUGCCAAGUCAACUGUUGAAGGAGACUUCAAAUUGAAUAUGGAGAAGAUCAAAGAAGUCAAUCCUGCUGCUUAUGAUCAUUUGAUGGCAAGGGAGCCUAAAUCUUGGUGCAGUGCAUUUUUUAAAGGUGGAAUGACAUGUGAGGCUAUUGAAAAUGGAAUGGCAGAGUGUUUUAAUGCCAUCAUACUUGAUGCCAGAAAGAAGCCUUCGUUGGCCUUGCUUGAGGAGAUUAGACUGUAUAUGAUGGAAAGGUUAUUUAACUUGAAGCAAGAAGAACGUAAAUGGGUGAAUAUUAUGUGUCCAGGAGCUAUUAAGAAAAUGGACGAGUUUGCUUUUGAUAUCAAGACUUGGUAUGUUCAUCCUAGUGGUUUGAAUGCUUUUGAAGUGAGAAAUGGCUUCCACUCAUAUGGAGUGAACUUAGAGGGGAUGUACUGUACAUGCAGACUUUGGGAGUUAUCUGGGAUCCCCUGUGUCCAUGCACAACCAACCAUAAUUUACACACAACAGGAUCCAGCUAGAUUCAUCAGCACAUGGUUUGGUAAGGACAAGUUCUUAAGUGCUUAUGAGUCUAACAUCCUUCCUGUUAAUGGCAGUAAUAUGUGGGAACCAACACCUUACACCAAACCACUACCACCUAUUGAAAGAAGGAUGCCAGGAAGGCCUUGUAUGAAAAGGAAAAGGCAUGUCUCUGAGCAUCAAGACAGGUUUUCCCAAGUCUCCUCUAAGGGUAGAACUGUCCAAUGUCAGAAUUGUAUGCAAAUGGGGCACAAUAAAGUGUCUUGCAAGAAUCCCUCAGUCCAACCAACACCAAAGCCUAAGAAGAAAAUAGGAAGGCCAAGGUUGAAUCCAGAAUUGACCAAUUGCACUAGACUUGGGAGAGGUGGUGGAAGAGGUGGUAGAAGAGAUGGAAGAGGUGGUAGAAGAGGGGGUAGAAGUGGUGGAAGAGGGUCUACCAGUGUUUAUGAAGAAGAAACACAGGAAGCUGAUGUUAACAUUGAUGAUGAAGGUGAUGGUAUUGAUAUGGCUGACCUGGAUCAAAUACUGAGUGAUUUGAGUUACCUUAGAGAGUCAACAUACAGUGAAGCAGAGAUCCUUAUGUGUCUUAAUAUCACCCAAUCACAACUGAAAGGAUUUGAUGCUUUGAUUCACCAAUCCAAACAAGCUGCAAAGGAGGAUAAUGGUGAAGAUGGAGCUGAAGAAUCACAGGAGGACAAUGAUGAAGAUGGAGCUGAAGAAUCACAGGAGGAGGGUGUUGAUGAUACUCAAGUUAGGGUUAGAACUCAAGUCAGGGUUAGAACAUGA